AACAUCCUAUUGGCUCUGAAGCUUCCGGCUUCUUCCUCGGAUGAGAUUAACCAGACAGAUAAAAUCAAUAGUACUACGAGUAGAUAUUUGAAUUAGACAGAGGGAAAGUUUCACUCUUUAGAUAGUUUCGCCCUUUACCAUAACGUUUUGUCUCUUGUUUACCGUCUGGUAUUACCGAGGAACUGUCGGCUGUCAACUAAAGUGGAUUAUUUUGCUCGGAGCGGAUUGCAGCCAUGAUGGCGUCAAGCUACAACGCUAAGGAAGAGGACGGACACCACUCGGGCGCUUCGAGCCACGGCGGAGCAGGGGCUGCGAAAAGUAAAAAACCGGACAACACAGCGUUCAAACAGCAGAGACUACCGGCCUGGCAACCCAUCCUGACAGCAGGCACCGUGCUACCUGCUUUCUUCGUUAUCGGUCUCAUCUUCAUCCCAAUUGGCAUCGGCCUGUAUGUCACAUCAAACAACAUCAAAGAGUACGAGAUUGAUUACACUGGUGUGGAUAGUAAAAGUCCUUGCUACACCUGUGCCAAGAACUUCAGCUGGAACAACACAACACCAUGUCUCUGCUCUGUGAACUUCACAUUGGAUCAGCCAUUUGAGAGCAAUGUCUUCAUGUACUACGGCUUAUCCAACUUCUAUCAGAACCACAGGCGCUAUGUGAAGUCCAGGGAUGACAGCCAGCUGAAUGGUAACCAGAAUGCCUUGAAGGACCCCAGCAAGGAAUGUGACCCGUACCGUACAAGUGAUGGAACUCCCAUUGCUCCGUGUGGGGCCAUAGCUAACAGCCUUUUCAAUGACACCCUGGAGCUUUAUCAUAUUGCCAAUGGCACCAAAAACGCUAUUCCUCUGGUGAAGAAGGGCAUUGCGUGGUGGACAGACAAGCAUGUGAAAUUCAGGAAUCCUGGUGGAAACAACAACCUCACUGCAACUUUCCAAGGCACAACCAAGCCAGUGAAUUGGAGAAAGCCAGUGUAUGACCUGGACCCAUCAGAUCCUGAGAACAAUGGCUUCAUCAAUGAGGACUUCAUUGUGUGGAUGCGCACAGCUGCCUUGCCCACAUUUCGCAAACUCUAUCGCAUCAUCCAGAAGAAGUCUAGCACGACCCCCACUCUACCCAGUGGCAAUUAUGUCUUGGACAUUACCUACAAUUACCCUGUGCUCAGCUUUGAUGGUCGCAAACGAAUGAUCCUGAGCACCAUCUCCUGGAUGGGAGGAAAGAACCCCUUCCUUGGCAUCGCCUACAUCACCGUGGGCUCCAUCUGCUUCUUCCUGGGUGUUGUCCUGCUCAUCAUCCACCAUAAAUAUGACACCCGCAACAACAGCGCAGAUAUUCCAAACUAAACAGUUCUUGUGUCACGUUUUGCAGUCUCUGCAUGCAUGGGUGAUCCUACAGGGUCUGUUCUGGACUGCUUGUUGAUUUUUAGCGUGAACACACUGGUCUCUGUAAAUGUCUGUCGUGUGUUUGUGGAAGGAAAGCUGCGUUCUAAGUGUCUCAUCAAAAGCUAUGUGUAUAUGUAGGACAUGUAAUGUAAAAAGGAAGAUGCUAGAAUCUGUGUCUCUGUCCAUAUGGCUUGACUGCUGAGAUCAUCAUUGCUUGUCUUCAGUGUUUUUUUUUUCCUUUUAUUUAUCUAUACAUUAUCAAAGUAUCUGUCUUUUAUUUUCGCAGUGCUUUGCAAAUGGCUUAAUUAUUGAAGGAUGUAUGUAUUUUCAAAGUUUUUGUCCAUACUAUGUACUGUAAUAUAUCCUGCUGAUGAAUGUAACAUUAUAUUUAAUUGACAUACCUCUGUGGUUUUUGAGAUGACUUUGAAUAUAGGAUGGGAUAUCAUUGCUCAUGUGCUGGUAAUUAUGGUUAGCAUUGAUGUUAAACAAGAAGUAUUUUACCCUUGGAGGGUUGUAAAGCAUUCAUGACAAAUAUUACCAAAAGUGUGGUUAUCUACCCUCUGCUGUGACUGGUUGUAUUAAGACUGAACCAGUCAUCUUUAUUAAACUGUUAAGAAUACCCUUACGAUCUAAUGCUUAUUAAUGAUGGAAACAUGAUCCUAUACCACUGUAUCCAGUAUUUUUAAUUCUGAGAUUCUGGGAAGUGUUUCUAGCUGAUUAGAGCACAAAACUCUCUCUAGUUUUUACAGUUUGGCCUGAGUGUUAAAUUAUUAUACGUUCUUCAAUGUUGACCAAAUGAUAUGCACUUUAAAAAUUUCACAUUUGUUAGGUUUCCCUCUUGUUUCACUUCUUCUGUUACAGCAUUGUGUUCUUGAUAUGUUAAUAAUCAGAGAACUGUUUAAAUUUGAAAUUUAUGGGUUUUUUUUUUAUAAGGUUUAUAGGGUCCAAUUAAACAACUUGGUCAAUG